GUCGUUUUUUCAACCUAGAGGAAAACUUCGUCGCUAAGAAGUCGUCUUACGACGUAACGCGUCUUCUUUUUCCUUCCUUAUUAUAAUUCACAUUCAAACGGAAGAUCACAUAAACCUAUUCUCUCUCGGUUUCUCUCCUCUACAGCUUGUAGCAGAGCAAAUGGGGAAGAAGCUUGACGCUUUGCUUGGUCGGAGUUUCAAAACCAACAAGUUCAAGUCUCUCCUCAACUUAGCUAUCACGAGGCUCUCUAUCCUCAAGAACCAACGUCAAGUUAGAUGUUCCCAAGCCACCUCUGACGUCACCGAGCUUCUUAAACUCGGCCACCACGAGAACGCUUACCACAGAGUCGACCAAGUCAUAAAAGACCAAAACACCCUCGACGUUCUCUUCUUCGUCCAUGGCUACUUCACUCUCUUGAUCGACCGUGUGCACCUCUUCGAACACAACCGAGAUUGUCCUGAUGAGAUUCUUGAAGCUGUCUCCGGUUUGCUCUUUGCAGCUUCUAGAAUCGGAGAGUUUCCUGAGCUUCAAGAGAUUCGUAAUGUUUUGAUCUCACGUUUUGGGAAAGAUAUGGCUGCUCGGUCCAUUCAGUUGCGCAGUAAUUGUGGAGUUAAUCCCACAAUAAUUCAGAAGUUGUCGACAAGACAUCCACCGAGAGAGGUUAGAAUGAAGGUUCUGAAGGAGAUAGCUGCAGAGAACAACAUCGUUCUGAAACUAGAAGAAGCUUCUUCUACUUCCACUGAGAUAAAAUCGUCAGAUGUUCCUAAGGCUGAGUUAACAAGUGAGGAUGGAGAAGGAUAUGAGUUAUCUGAUUCGGUAAAGAGAGGAAAGAAGAAGUACAAAGAUGUGGCUGAUGCUGCACAAGCAGCGUUUGAGUCAGCGGCUCAUGCAGCAGACGCUGCACGAGCUGCUGUGGAGCUUUCUCAGUUUUCUCCGCGUGCUGGGGGAAAUUCAUUUAGUGGUUCUGAAAACAAGAUAUCAGAACAAGAAGGUAAUGCUGAUGAUUUUAGAGGAGGUGAGGUUGAUUUGAGGUCAGAAUCCAAGAGGUCUAUGUCGGAUUCAGAUGAAAUUAUUGAGGAUGUCCCAGUGAUGUCGUUUAGAGAAGACCCUGUGAAGUUGUUGGAGAAGGAUGUUGUAAUCUAUGAUAGUGAGGAAGAAAUCCAAUAUACUACUAAGCCCAAUACUACUACUAAUGUUAAAGAGAAGCAACAUGUUAUGGAUCUUCCAAAUAGAGAUACAGGACAUGUGGACCACACGGUUCACUCGGUUGGAGAUCCUUUUAUGCGUAAAGUUGGUUUGAAGGGUCCGGUUUCAGUCAGGACAAGACAGGUGUUGGCCAACCUUCGGCCAGCCCACCACCUAGGCCCGGCGCCAGCCUUUGCCUGUACCGGUUAGGGCCCUGGGCACGCCUCUCCGCCCUGCGAAUCGAACAGCUGACCUCCCCAAGGGGUAGAUACCACUAGACUAUCGAGUCCGGGUUUUGCACCUUAAAUUCCUUAGUACCUUUGGGUGAGUUAUCUGUCAGAGUCAGGUUCGGGCCCUGAGCUAAACGAGUAAAGCUCUUGUUUUAGGCGGCAAAAUAUGUUAUCUAUUUUAGAGGCA